GAGGAGGGACGGUGGGGGAAAGAGGAGGAGAGACGGUGGCAGCGGGCAGGCGGACUGGGAGCACUGCCGAGCCGACGACAGGACCAGACGCGUUCCGGUGCCCUUGUGCUGGCUUUUUCAUGUGGACGACGAGGACAACGACCCACAAACCCUCCAGCUAACCCUACUCUCCAAACGGAUUGUAUUUCGUUUUUCCCCAGCAGAAUGUGUACUCCGUGCUGUGUAUCGCAGCUGGCCUGCUGCUGCGGCUCGGCGGCGUGCUCAUGCUGCUGUAACUGCUGCCCAAAGAUUAAACAGUCCACUGGAACCAGAAUUAUGUACGCCCUCUAUUUUCUCCUGGUCACCGUCAUCUGUGUCAUCAUGAUGUCCCCCACCGUGGAGCAGGAGAUGAGAGUUAAUAUCCCCUUCUACAGCGAACUGUGUGAGAAGAUGAACGCAGGGGAAAACUGCAAAACUCUGGUCGGAUACUCUGCUGUCUACAAGAUGUGCUUUGGAAUGGCUUGCUUCUUUUUAAUCUUCUUCGUCAUCACACUUAGAAUCAACGACAGCACAGGCUGCAGGGCGGCCAUUCAUAACGGAUUCUGGCUGCUUAAGUUUAUUGUUCUGGCAGGAUGCUGUGCUGCAGCCUUCUUCAUUCCAAAAGAGGAAAUCUUUCUGGAAGUUUGGCGUUACAUAGGUGCUGUGGGUGGAUUCUUUUUCCUGCUAAUCCAGCUCAUGUUGCUGGUGGAGUUUGCACAUAGAUGGAACACAAACUGGAGUUCAGGUGUGGAGUAUAAUCGUCUGUGGUACGCAGCUUUGUCCCUUGCAGCUCUGGUUCUGUUCAGUAUUGCAGUGGGAGCUGUGGUUUUCAUGGGUGUGUACUACACUCACCCUGAGGCCUGUUUGCUUAACAAGAUUUUCCUCGGCAUCAACGGCGGCCUCUGCCUCAUUGUCUCUUUGCUGGCCAUCUCCCCUUUCAUACAGAAACUACAACCCAAAUCAGGCCUGUUGCAGCCAGGAGUCAUCAGUGUGUACGUCAUGUACCUCACCUUUUCAGCAUUUUCCAGCAAACCCAAAGAAAUGGUGAUAGUAGAUGGCCUGAACCAAACCGUAUGCGUGUUUCCUUUCAACUCUGGGAAGGAAAGUGACAAGAAGAUUGUCACAGCUUUGGGAGCCAUUAUCCUUUUUGGUUGCAUCCUUUAUUCUUGCUGGACCUCCACUAGUAGGCGAAGCUCUGCGGCUCUUAGAGUGUACAGGAACAGUGAGCCAGAGACUGAGAGAGCUCGGUGCUGUUUCUGCUUUGGAGAUGACACGGAGGAUUACGAUGAAGAGAAGAGUGGUUCGGGUCAGAACGUGGUGUAUGACGAGAGAGAGGGAACCAUCUACAGCUACUCCUAUUUCCACUUCGUCUUCUUCCUGGGCUCUCUUUAUGUCAUGAUGACCAUAACCAACUGGUUUCAUUACGAUGACCAUAAGAUCGAAAAGCUGUUGGACGGGAGCUGGUCAGUAUUCUGGAUCAAGAUGGUUUCCUGCUGGGUUUGCCUCUUCCUGUACUUGGUGACCCUCAUCGCUCCGAUGAUCUGCCCAAAGCGCUUUGAGGCCUAGACCCAACAUCAUGACACAAGGGUCAAGCUGCUCUGACAUGUUGGAUGUGGCCAAGAUGACCAUCCCCAUAACCCCCCCCUUAUCUUGGAACACAAUCCUUCACUAGCCUCAGAGUUUGAAAUGGAGACUUAUCUGUUGCCUUUUGUUUUAUAUGCUAGUAUGUUUCUUUUACAAAGUUAAGCUGUUAAUACCUUGAUGGUAAUUUAAAAAAAAAUGUUUUACUACCACUGACUCCUGGAGUUUUGAAUUACUUAAAAGUUUGAAAUUUGAUGAAAAAUUACUGGAGCCGAGCAACCGGGCAACAUUCGGCCCCUGUGGAUUUUCUGAAUAUUUCAGACUUAAAGGUGUUUGUAUUUUGUACGUAUUUCUUUAUGGUUGUGUGUUUUUUUAAUAUAUAUUUUUGGGAUUCUAGCUUUUACUUUCAGCCGGGUGUUUCAGUUCUCUAAAGUCAAAAAAUAAAAUUUGUCACGUUUUGGAACAAAUUUACUUCAAGAGAUGUUACAGAAACAAAAUGUAUUUAUUUAAGGGACUCAAAGAAGGAAUGUGGCGCGAACUGACUUGGAUUUGAACCUGACUCUGUUUAGAAAGUCACUUCUCAGGCACACGUUUACGCUGUAUAUGUCAAUGCUUUGUUACAUUUUGUAGAAUUUCUCUAUGCAACAGAACAAGCUCUUCUCAAUGUUAGAAACGCAGUGUUAAAUGUCUUGUUGGAUCAAGAAGAUAAAGUUUUAUUAAUGUCAGUGCUCCCUUUGAGCGAAAUCAUUUCAUAGAAAAAUCAUCUCAUUUAUACAUGCAGGGCAGCUCUUAAAUCGACCUCCCUGAUGUGAUAACGAUGUUACUGAAGGGCCAACCGCAGUGACACCAUUAAGGUUCAUUUGCCAAAGGUAGACAUCAGAAAACCAGAAACUUCUAAGAUUGUUUGGUGAAAGAGAAAAAAAUCAACUGGGAACAUUAUGUAUUUGCAUGCAUACACACACCCACACACACUAUUAAACUGUUUUCUGUACAGUGGUUUCUUGCCUCCUCACUGUUACAUGUAGAAGUGGUGGUUAGAAUAUGGUUGCAGAGGACUUUUAAUAAAAGAGUUAUUCAACACUGGAUGUUGAGUUUACUGCCAACUUAAAACAUUUCUAUCUGUUUCUCACUCAUUUGAAAUGUCUCUUUAGCCUUUGUGUCUGAUUAUAUUCCUAACAUGUUUUCUAAUAAACAUGUAUGUAUAUGUACAUUUUGGCUACAGUGCAGAAGUCUUUGGACAUUUUCAGUAUGCUUUGUAUACCAGCAAAAUCUAUCAUCCAAUUAAUCCUUUUAGAAAUAUCUGCAUUGUGGUUAUCCAUAUGAAUGUAGAAAUGUAAUGGUGCUCAGCGGCUGAUGUGAAAUGAGAAAAAAAACAAUAGCAGGAGCAACUGUAAAACCUGCAGACUACCAUGACCAACAGAGUUAUGAUCUGACCAAAUUAAUUGUUUGAAAUGCAAAGAUGAAGGUAACAUGUUGAUCACAAUCUUUCAAUAAAACAUCCAUUGAAUACCACGUAGUGACUUUGUUGAUUUAAUAUUCAUUUAAACAGAAAAAUAUAAUAGAGGAGAUAAAUGUAUUAAGUUUGCAAAAUACUAAUCAAAAUGUGAUUGUACUUUAAUGUAAAAUAUAUUAAAAAACAGAAAAAUCAGGGUUCAUCUUUAACUUUAGGGAUAUUGCUUAGAUAUAAACUGAUGAGCCAUAACAUUAUGACCAUCCGUCUUAUCCAGAGUGUGGUCUAUUUUGAGCUUUCGUCCCCCAGAUGCUAUCACAUUGGUGUCUGGGGAGUUAGAGAUCAGAGCAAUACAGGCUCUUUGACAUGUCUUUUAGCUUUUCCUAAACAGCUUCUGCAGGAAACAAUGUUUUUCACUGUGGAAACUUGCUCAGAAAGAGAGCUGUUGUCCUACUGCAUGACUGUGGCCAUGGUUGGUCGGCAGAAAUGUGAAAUCUGUGUAUAGCUCAAUUGACUCGUGAGAGGUCAUAACAUUGUGGCUUAUUGACUUACUACAUACUCGGAAAUGUUGAUAGUUUAUUCAAAUGUUUUUAUUGCAGUCUAAUGUAUACUGUUUAGCAAUUCUAAACACCAA